GCCAUGCGGGUGCUUCUGUAGGGGUGUCUGGACAUUGUGGAUUGCACCUCUCGUUUUAUUGCAAUAAGGAACCCGGUGUAAGACCCGUUUCGCGCAGCAUCAUGUCUAAGCCGUUGUCCGAUCACGACAGAAAAAAACAGAUCUCCGUGAGAGGUCUUGCGGGUCCGGAAAAUGUCGCAGAACUGAAGGUGGCUUUCAACAGGCAUCUCCAUUUUACACUGGUCAAGGACAGAAAUGUGGCAACCAAACGGGAUUACUACUUCGCUCUUGCCAACACCGUGCGUGACCACUUGGUGGGCAGGUGGAUUAGAACACAGCAGUACUACUAUGAGAAAGAUCCCAAACGUGUGUACUACAUUUCCCUGGAGUUCUACAUGGGACGCACACUGCAGAACACCAUGGUCAACUUGGCACUGGAGAACGCCUGUGAUGAGGCCAUUUACCAGCUAGGUCUGGACAUGGAGGAGUUGGAGGACAUGGAGGAAGACGCCGGCCUGGGAAACGGGGGUCUCGGCCGUCUUGCCGCAUGCUUCCUGGACUCCAUGGCCUCUCUGGGUCUGGCUGCCUACGGCUACGGCAUCCGAUAUGAGUUUGGCAUUUUCAACCAGAAGAUCGUCAACGGCUGGCAGGUUGAAGAAGCUGAUGAUUGGCUGCGUUAUGGCAACCCAUGGGAGAAGGCCCGUCCUGAGUACAUGCGUCCUGUCAAGUUCUAUGGCAGAACGGAACACUCCCCAAGCGGAGUGAAGUGGGUCGACGCUCAGGUAGUGCUGGCUCUGCCAUACGACACCCCUAUCCCUGGCUACAGAAACAACAUUGUCAACACCAUGAGGCUGUGGUCGGCGAAGGCGCCGUGCGACUUCAACCUGAAGGACUUCAAUGUCGGUGGCUAUAUUCAGGCAGUGUUGGACAGAAACUUGUGUGAGAACAUUUCCCGUGUGCUGUACCCCAAUGACAACUUCUUCGAGGGCAAGGAGCUGCGUCUGAAGCAGGAGUACUUUGUGGUUGCCGCCACCCUGCAGGACAUCAUCCGUCGUUUCAAGGUCUCCAAGUUUGGGUCCAGGGAGAUCGCCCGUACAGACUUCAAUGAACUGCCCAACAAAGUUGCCAUCCAGCUGAAUGACACUCAUCCUGCCAUGGCGAUCCCUGAGCUGAUGAGGGUUCUGGUGGAUGAGGAGAAACUAGAUUGGGAUGUUGCCUGGAACAUUUGUACACGCACCUGCGCCUACACCAACCACACCGUCCUACCUGAGGCACUGGAGCGCUGGCCCAUUGACCUGUUCCAUCACCUGCUGCCCCGUCACCUUGAGAUCAUAUUCGAGAUCAACCGUCGUUUCCUGGAGUUCGUGGCCUCUAAAUACCCCGGCGACAGCGACCGUCUGGCGCGCAUGUCUCUGAUCGAGGAGGGCCCCUGUAAGAAAGUCAACAUGGCUCAUCUGUGCAUCGUGGGUUCCCAUGCAGUCAAUGGUGUGGCCCGGAUCCACUCCGAGAUCCUCAUCGCCACUCUGUUCAAGGAUUUCUAUGAGUUGGAGCCACACAAGUUCCAGAACAAGACCAACGGUAUCACCCCACGUCGCUGGCUAGUAAUGUGCAACCCUGGCUUGGCUGAGGUCAUCGCAGAGAGAAUCGGAGAGGACUUUGUCCGUGACCUUGACCAGCUGAAGAAACUGUUGAAGUUCAUAAAUGAUGAUGCCUUCAUCCGUGACAUCGCCAAAAUCAAGCAGGAGAACAAGCUGAAAUUUGCUGUACAUCUGGAAGAGCACUACAAGGUCAAGAUCAACCCCCAAUCCAUGUUUGACUUCCAAGUCAAGAGAAUCCACGAGUACAAGAGACAGCUGCUCAACUGUCUACACAUGAUCACCUAUUACAACCGUAUCAAGAAAGAGCCCAACAAGCACUGGACCCCAAGAACCAUUAUGGUUGGAGGAAAGGCUGCUCCAGGGUACCACACAGCCAAGAUGAUCAUCCGUCUCAUCACAGCGAUCGGUGAGGUGGUCAACAACGACCCCGUCAUUGGCGAUCGUCUCAAAGUCCUUUUCCUGGAGAACUACAGAGUCACUCUGGCUGAGAAAGCCAUCCCCUCUGCCGACCUGUCUGAGCAGAUCUCCACGGCUGGCACGGAGGCCUCAGGCACCGGCAACAUGAAGUUCAUGCUGAACGGGGCGCUCACCAUCGGCACCAUGGACGGCGCCAACGUAGAGAUGGCCGAGGAGGCCGGGGAGGAGAACCUCUUCAUCUUCGGCAUGAGGGUGGAGGACGUGGACGCCAUGGACGCCGGUAAAGGAUACCAUGCCACUGAAUACUACAACCGUAUCCCUGAGCUGAAGCAGGCCAUGGACCAGAUCGCCGGUGGCUUCUUCAGUCCCAAGCAGCCAGACCUCUUCAAGGAACUUGUGGAUCUGCUGAUGCACCACGACAGGUUCAAAGUCUUUGCUGACUACGAAUCCUACAUCAAAUGCCAGGAAAAGGUCAAUGAACUGUACAAGAAACCGAAGGAAUGGACCAAGAAAGUGAUCCAUAACAUUGCCGGCUGUGGUAAAUUCUCCAGUGACCGCACCAUUUCCCAGUACGCCCGGGAGAUAUGGGGUGUGGAGCCCAGCCUGGAAAAGAUCCCCGCCCCUGACGAGCAACUCAAAUAAGCUAAACCGCUGAACAUGUGCAAUCCUUCUGAAGAUAUCCGAAGACUAGCCUGGGAGCCAGGGGAGCAGAACUGUGGAAGGUUGGAACAACACAGCCGGCCCACAUGUCAGAACCAUGUCAGAGAACCACACCUUGGCCUUCCCGGCUCUCUUUUAGUUUCAGCUCAUGUGAGUGUCAGUCUUGCCAAUGGUGGCCACCAAAGCCAAAAUCGUCUUGUGAGAAUGUUUUUGUCUAGCCAUACUGAGAUAAUAAAGUAUACUAGACACUAA